AUGCCCACUACCAAGGCCGACCACAUAGUCCUCACCGCGCCCGACCUCGCGACGGGCAUCGCGCACAUCGAGUCCGCGCUCGGCGUGUCCCUCUCCCCCCGCCGAGGGGGAGAGCACGCCGGACACGGGACGCACAACGCGCUCCUGAACCUCGGAGACGACUUCUACCUCGAGAUCCUGGCCAUCAACCCCGCGGCGCCUGUGCCCUCCCACCCGCGCCUGUUCGGGCUCUCGAGCGCCGACCUGUCAGGGGUGCGGGUACACCACUGGAUUGCGCGCUCUGACGACGUGCACGCUGCCGCCGAGGCGGCCAAGGCGGCCGGCUUUGAUGUCGGCUCGCCCAAGCCUAUGGCCCGCGGCGACCUCCACUGGCACCUCACGCUGCGCGACGACGGCGGCCUGGCCGCCGACGGCGCGUUCCCGUCCCUUAUUCAGUGGGGCGUCACGCACCCGCAUCCUGUUGCCCCGGGCCUGCCCGACGUCGGGGCGCGUCUCGUCCGCCUCGAGAUCCGCCACCCCCGCGCCGAGGAGCUCAAGAAGGCCUUUGUUGCGGCUGGGCUUGACGACGCGCGGGUCGUCGUCAGCGAUGCCGCUGGGCCCGUGCUCAGCGCCGUCAUCUCCACGCCUACCGGCGAGCACACCCUCUCGUAG